AUGAAGGAAGCGCUCCUGGACCAAGCGGAUGACUGUACGUCACCUGGUGAAUAUUCAGACAAUGAGAGAACGCGGUCACAGUCGCCAGCUCACAGUUUCUAUCAUGAUGACUCGCCGGCUCCAAAGCCGGUCCUGGCCCACCCUCGUGGUCGGGAUUUCACGCCGCAAUUCCCUCUCGCUAACGCAAACACCACCUUUUCUGAAGAAGUCUUUCCAGAUCCCGUAUACACGACAGGCUGUGCAACUUACAAAUACACACCACUCUGUGAUAACGAGAUUCGGCUUCUCCGAAUCACACCUGAUCUUUUCGACGGUCCCUUGCAGUGCUCCUUGAAAGUCGUUUCUAUGGAGAAAAUCACAGCAAAAGUACACGAAUUCCAGGCACUUUCGUAUGCGUGGGGCAACGAUGCGCCCUCGUACAACGUCCUGCUGAGUGAUCUUCCAAAAGUAUCCGAUGGAUCUUCUACAGCGCCAACGCAACACCUGACGUAUCCCAUCCGCAAGAAUCUUUAUCAGGCGCUAAAACAUAUCCGUCUCACAGACGAUUAUCUAUGGCUUUGGGUGGACUAUCUGUGCAUUGAGCAGACAAAUCAGGAGGAAAAGAGUCAGCAAAUUCCAAAAAUGCCAUCCAUCUACUCCAGUGCAUGGAAUGUAAUCGCGUGGCUUGGGGUUGACGAUAUGUCAGGAAACGUUGAGGAAGCUGUUCGCCUGAUACCAAGUAUUCUCAAUCUCAAGAAGCUCGACCUUGACCUACGAGGAGAACUGCAGGUUAAAGAUAUCUUCUGCUAUCACUCUUGGAUCGCUUUCGGCCAAAUUCUGCAGCGGCCUUGGUUCAGGCGUAGGUGGGUAAUCCAGGAAGUCGCCUGUGCAAGAAGACUGUCUGUUCGCAUUGCAGAUAAGAUCCUGAGCUGGUUAGAUUUCGCAGACGCAGUGGAUUUGUAUUCGGACCAUUUCGAGCAGAUGCGAGCCCGUCAUCGUAACUCGGGAUUCUACAAGGAAGGCCGCUCUCAAUUCGAUGAUAUUCACAUUUCAGAGGCGGUGGAGCUCAUGCGAUUUUCGCGAAUCGUGUUUCAAAGGUCCCCCGAUUCGACAAUUGCUUCGAAACUAAUGCCUCUAGAGUCUCUGGUGCUUACAGCUUCGUUCUUUGCAGUAUCAGAAGUCCGAGACACUGUCUACGCUUUAUUGUACCUUGCCAAUGACAUGCACGACGUCAUUGACACUUCAUCUGAGUCUCGAAGUCAAUUCAUUCUUACUCCAGAUUACUCCAAGCAUCCGAUUGAUAUAUUCAAGGAAUUUGUCCGCUAUAGCAUCGCGAAAUCCAACUCUCUUGACGUGCUCUACCGGCGAUGGGCUAGUUGGACUAUGUCGACUGCUCGGAACCCAUCUCACGAAAGGAGACUUCCCAGUUGGAUUGGAUUAGCAUUGACUGGUGCCGAUGGUUCCUCCUCUGGAAGUCGGAUUUGCACCGACAGUUUUCUUGGGCCAGUGGGCUCUUCGGAAUAUCACGCAUCUCAUGGUGUUAAUUUCCAAGGACAAUUGGUACGAUCAACAAAUGACGACGUCAUACAGAUCGAUGGCAUGCUGUUAGGCACAGUAACGACGAUAUCGUUCGCUCAUGUGCCCGGAGGAACCAUCAAAGCCGACUGGCUAAGAAUGCUUGGCUGGCGCGGAACUCUAGACGAAGGCAUCGGAGAUCAGCUCUGGAGAACACUUGUUGCGAAUCGCGACCCGGAUUCAAGAGUAGCCCCUACCUGGUACCGACGCGCAUGUGCCUUGGCACUUACACAGCUUGAUGGCUUCGGCAACCUCAAUCUGAAAGACCUACUAGCUGAUGCCUCGCAGCCAGGCACAUUGGUUAGUUACCUCAAACGCGUACAGGAAGCAACUGAUCGUCGGUAUCUCUUCCGCUGUGAACGUUCCGACAUGAACGUGAGCCCUAUAUCAGUUCAGAACAAGACAUCAGAGGCUGUUGUAGGGCUAGGACCAAAACGCAUGUAUCAUCACGAAAAGAACUUGGUUUGCAUCCUGUAUGGUUCCUCAGUACCGGUGAUCGUCAGAGUGAUCAAUGACAAGAGAUCGAAAACCGACAACACUUAUCACGUCAAGCUCGUCGGACCUUGUUAUGCACAUGGGUAUAUGGAAGGGGAGAUAUUCGCAGGGAUGAGCCAGAUGGAAAUCAAGAGUAGGACGAUAAGGUUCAGUAUCCAUUGA